AUGGCGGCAGAUCAGCUGGAUAACUUCGGUUACACCGGGGCUGCAGAUAUCCCGGUUGACUACUACUUUGAGCUCGGCGAUCUCUUUGAUUUCGGGGGACAUGAUUAUGGUGAUGAUGAACAACCUGUGGACCCUCAAUUGCAACAUUCGAACUACCCCUACGACUCUCCUCAGCCCGACUUCGUAGAGGAACAACCUCGACAAACCCGACGUUCCCUUGAGCAACCGCAGCAACAACUUCAGAAGAGCCCCCUUAGCGAGAUGUGUGGAUUUGUGCAGCCUCAACAGCCAGCUCAACCUAGUCCCGAUUUAUCUGCAGUACCUUCCCAGGCUCUUGCUCAGUCGUAUCAACCCAUGCAAUAUCAACAGCCAGUUCAAACUCCACGCGGUAUUUCUGCAGCAUACCCUCAGGCUCCUGCUCAGUCGUAUCAACCUGUGCAAUAUCAACAGCCAGCUCAAGCUCAAUUGAAGUUAUAUGCAGUACCUAACCAGGCUGAUGAACUCCCUUAUCUUGACCCGGUUUCUUACGGCAAUGCCUUUAACCCUGGCCCAUACCAGCCUCAGUUCGUCUACCCAGAGGAAGGCAUCGAGGGAAACCAGGCCUACAAGGGGCCUUAUAUGGACUCACCCAAUGUAAACCAAACGGUUUGGCAACCUGCUUAUAACAUGGGCUAUGGACCUCAAGCUAACAUUUCUCUUCAGCCUUCCACUCAUCGAUGCGUGUUCUGUGGCUACACGAUUCAUAUGGGACUAUGCCCCUAUGCACCUCUUCCUGGCUUCCCUCUUCCGGCCUUCCAAGGUAACGCCUUGCCACAGCUUCAGCAGCAGCCUCAACAGCCACAGCAGCCUCAACAUCAGCGUCUCAAGCGCAAAUUCAUUUACGAUGACGAUGAUGAGAUCGACGGCGAUGAUGGCGAGCCCCCCGCGAAGACCAUCAAGACUAUCAGCCGCCGCACAACUCGUGCCUCCAAGGGUAAGAGGACUACCAAGAAUGCAGGCAAAAAGGUCUACUCUUACCGUCCCUGGGGACAGGUUGCUCCCUGGGUUACUAAGGGUGGCUUUCGCCUCGAGUAUCUGCCAGGUGGACAGCUUGAAGAAGACAUCUUGCUUAGUGCCGAGCAUCUACGCGACUACUUGAACGACUGUCCUCGACCGAUCAGGGUCUGGCUGCAAAACAGCCCUUCUAAAUGCAAGGGUCGACAAGAAGACGCUGACAUGAAGUGCCGCUACGCCGGUUGCCCUACCAAAUACGGAACCAUUCUUCACGGAUGGCAUCGUGUGGCAUUUGACGAGUUCUCUGAUCAGACCUCUGACGGCAGCAGGGAUCCUUUCAAGAUGGCUGGUGUCAUGCAUCUUUGGUGCUUUGAACAGUGCAUUGAUCCUCACGAAUGCUUUGAAAAUGGCCAGUUGAUGCCUGAUGAUCGCGAUCUCCCCCACGAGGCGACCAACCGAGCCGCCAUCAAUCGAGACGAUUACAAGGGUGUCGUCCCUACCAUCAAGCGAUGGGGCAAGAAGCGUAAAGAGGUUGGAGUCACUCCUGUCCCUUAUCCAUUGCAUGAAGAUACUCUCUCAUGGACGCUGUGCAACUACCAUAUCCAGCACCAGACCAACGCCCGUGAGAGCUGCCGCAAGAAGCGCAACGCAUUGAGGCCUGAUGAUGAAAGAAAGACGAUCGAGAUCAUCAUGGGCGACCUUUCCAAGUAUGUCGCGCGAGACAAGCUUAGCAAGGCGCGCACUAAGCGACGACAUGAGCAAGCAAAGGGCCUCGAUGUUGUCACUCCUCCAGCCACGAUCCAGCGACGAGAGCCAUCUAGAGUGCAGCGCGAGCCUUUACGUGAGAUCACUUCUCCUGUCCAGCGAGUAGCGCCACCUGCCGAAGUCAAUAUCCAAAACCCCUUGGAGAACCUCCACAAGCAGCCGGACAAGGCCACUCGUGCCCACACAACUAAGAGCAGAGUCCCCUCUCAGGCUGAAGAUACCAUCAUCGUCCGUGAUGACGCUGACCAGGACGUUUCCUCUCCUGCAAGCAGCCUGUUCGGUUCUCCCCGAGCGUCUGCAGCUGAUGCUCAGCCCUCACCUCUGCGCCGAAGCAGCCGUGUGAUCGAGAAGAGAACUCCCUAA